CAGAGGGCGCCUCGAGCGAUUUUGGCUCUUCUGUUCCAUUAAAUCAACAUGGCGAACGAAGUGGAAGUCGCACCGCUUCGGAGCUUAGACGAUUUUCUCCUCGAAUCAGCCCGCUUUCAGCUUCCAAACAUUAAGGAUCUGGACAAAUGGGGAAACAGAGUCGUCAACAAUCUCCUGUACUACCAGUCCAACUAUUUCGUCCUUGCCAUCCUAGUAUUCCUCGCCGUUGGAAUCCUGCACCCUUCCAAAAUGUUGUGCGGAAUGCUUGCAGUGGCCAUAGCCUUUGGUCUCUUCUAUUAUAUCACCAACUCCAAGAGAGCUGCAAUUAAGUUCAAAAGAGACCACCCUAUUCUCAGCAUCCUGAUUAUUCUGACAGGUUGCUACUUUAUCGUCCAUGUUCUCGGUUCCGUGGUGGUGUUCUUGUUUGGCAUCCUCUUGCCUAUAGUAUUGGUGUUCAUUCAUGCGUCAAUGCGGCUGCGUAACAUCAAGAAUAAGCUGACAAACAAGAUUGAGACCAUUGGGCUGAAGAAGACUCCGAUGGGGCUUUUCCUUGAUGCACUGGGACAAGAGCAGGAGGCUGGAUCUCACGCCGCCGCGACUGUCGUUCAGGCCGGAAGCGACCUUGCAGACAAGCUGGAAGAGAAGCUCACCCAAUUUGGACAACGUAUGAAGAUUAACAGGAACCGGUGAUGAUGACGAGUGCCUGCGCCAUUUUCGGAAGAACUGGCGUACAUCAGCCCUUCGUCAGCAUGCAUUUGAAGACUGGAAUGCAGCUGGAGUGACGUCAUAUUGCACAUAUUUUCUCCUUGAAUCAGAAUGAACCUCGCUUAUCUUUUUUAAACUUCCCUUCUAUUUUUUUUUCUCGUUUUCUCUCUCCCCUCUCUCUUUAAUCCUGUUAUUUAUUUAUUUAUAUUUCUUGCAAUGCUUUCGCACAUUGCCACUCUUGGAUCUCUCGCACAAUUUUGUUGACCGCGUUGUUGUAACUUUGCCGUGAAAACAUCGACAGAGUGUGACGAAGCCGGUGUACACGCAUCGCCCAUUCAUACGGACCUAUAAGACAGCACGUGUGAGUGAUCAACGCCGCUGUAACAACGAAUAAUGCAAAUGAAUAAAGUUGAGCUUUCUUGCUA